GAAGACCUGAAAGGAACGCUGUUUCCAGCGGCUUCGCGCUUCGCUGAGGUCACAGAGGAGCCGGACAACUGAAGGGCGCAGUAUUCUAAACUGAUUAGAUUUGGAGUCAUAAAAGGUAACCAGAAAUUCAGGGCGUGAGCGAGGAUGCCCUUCUCUUUCUGCCUUUCGAAACAACAGACCUGACUACAGAGCAGUGUGAAGAGUCAAUUAAUUACGUUACGUCCAGAGAUUUCCGGCGGCCUAUCGGCUUCUAAUGAUAAUUUCAGUAAGUAGUUUUAACAAAGAGCAGAGCAGAAACCACGAGACCCACCCACUGCUUAGUAAGGAAAGCAAAAUCUGGCCAAGUUCUCCGUCCCAAUGCUCCGCGUCGGAAGCCCAACGGUUCCGCCCCUCACGAAGCCGCGUCACUGCGCGUGCGCAGACUGCUGUCAACCGCACUGAAGGCGGCCCGGAAGAAAAAAGGCGGGAGCCACCAAUCCCCUGUGGCGUAAAAUGGCGCCUGGAGAUAAGAUGCUGGAAUUCACGCGCACCUUCUUCCGAGGUUGCCCUGACCUCAGCACGGUUACACACAAAAUCGUGCGACAAAAAUUUUUAACCCACGUGGGCCGGGAUCACCUUGAACCUGAGGAGAAGCAGGCGUUGAAGCGGCUGGUGGAGGGAGAGCUGCUGAAGAUGCAGGCAGAUGCUGAUAACAGAGAAGGAAAGCGAAACUUUAUCCAAGUGAAGAGGUCUCCUGCUCCCUGCAGUGACCCAGAGAGGAAAAGAUCCCGCUUCAAUUCAGAGUCAGAUUCCAGCUCUACGCCUUCCAGUCCAGACUGCUCAAGACCCCCCAAAAAGAACAGCAGAGCCCAGGAGAAGUCACGCUCUCGGAGAGCCUUAGAGAAAGCAGUUGAGAGGACGGAUGAGGAACAGCAAACAGACCUGGUUGCCAAGAUGGGACCAGAGGAGAGCAGUGAGGAGGAAGGGGAGGGCUCUGUCCGCUCAAGCAAGGUCUGGAAAGAGAGCCCUGAGGAAGAUGAUGGUGUGAAGAAAGAGCAGAAGGGCAGGUCUAAAAAGAAAGCGGGGGCCAAGAACAAACAAGCACCAAGCAAGGCCUCAGCCAGUAAGAAGCGGGUUAGGGAAGAAAGUGAAAGUGAGGAAGGAGCCAGGCAGGGUAGAGCGAAGGUGGGGGCAAGCACAGGUACUGAAAGCCACAAGGAAGGGGAAGACAGUGAGGAGGAGACCGUAGCCAAGAAGAAAGAGCACAGAGAGCCCAGAUCCAGGAGCAGCAAAGGGGAGAGAGUGAGCUUUAAGCAGAAAAACAGGGUUGGGAGGCGAACUGGAGGUUUGGGGGACAGGGAAGAAGGGAAGGAAAGGAGGGCAGCGAGUGGUGGGGACAGCAGUGGGACAGAAGAUGAGAACUCACCUAAGAGCCGGGACAAGACCCAGGCUAAGAAUGGGAGAAGGCAGAGUGCAAGCAGUGAGGAUAGUGCGAGCAGCUCACAGGAGCUUGCAUCUGCUCAAGGCACUCCCAAGAGAGGCACACUAGGCAUAGGCAGCAGCGAUAGUGGGAGUGACACGGAGAGGGGCGUGAGUGACUCCGGGGCAGGAGAGAGCACCAAGGAGGAGAGGAAGAACCGCUCUUCCAAGAAGAGCUCCAAGAAAGACAAGGCCCGAAGUUCCUCAUCAGAUUCAAGUCCAGAACCCACGAGCCAGAAGGUUGGGUCUCGCCGUGGAGAGGACCAUCCAACUGUGGUGAGACUAAAGCGUUAUAUUCGGGCUUGUGGAGCCUAUCGAAACUACAAGAAGCUGCUGGGCUCCUGUCACUCCCACAAGGAGUGCCUGAGUGUCCUCAGGGCUGAGCUGGAAGCGCUGGGCAUGAAGGGCAAUCCUUCCUUGGAGAAGUGCCGGGCCCUGAAGGAGCAGCGGGAAGAGGCAGCUGAGGUUGCUUCCUUGGAUGUUGCCAAUAUCAUUAGCAGUUCAGGCCGACCACGAAGACGGAAUGCCUGGAACCCUUCAGGGGAAGGAAUCCCCCCAGGGGAGCUUUAUCGCAGAACCCUGGACUCAGAAGAGGAGCAGCCACGCCGAGCACCUCCAGAUUGGUCCCAUAUGCAGGGCAUCAUCAGCAGUGAUGGUGAGAGUAGCUGAACUCCUUGCCCCAGGAUGGACCUUGCCGUGUUACACAAAGAGCCUGUGACACUAAAAGCAGCUUUCAAAGACUAUCUCCCCAGGAACCUAAGUAGUCGGCACAGUACUCAAUUUCAUGUUCUCUAAGGUUGUUUUGGGGGUUUGUGGUUCUUUGUUUUGGAUUUAGAGUCAAUAAAGCAAUGUUUAUCAUUA